AUGGAGACGCAAACUGUCGACCGAAGUCUAUGGGCUCAGAUCAACGGCUACCUCUCAACGCAGUUUAUUGUAACAGGCUGCGAUUUGCAGAUUUUCGACAAACUUGAAUCCGACGGGCCGUUGACUGCGACUCAGGUAGCAAGAGAAUUAGAACUUCACCCUGCUACUACCGAAAGCCUACUCAAUGCACUGGUCGGUCUCAGCUUGCUUUACAAGAAAUACAAAGGCGAUGACAACGACAACGAAGCUGAGUUCGGCAAUACGUCUCAGGCCAGCGACUAUCUCAUAGCUUCGGCUCCACUGUCCGUUAGAGCUUGCGUGAUGUCCAUCAAAGAAUUCAACUAUAAGUUGACUGGCAACAUGUCAUUUCUCGUCAAGGAAGGCACACCACAAGUGAAGCGCACUUUUGGGUUCCCUGCGCCGCUAUACGAUAUGAUAGCUUGCGGUGAUCCCAAACUCACUAUACCUUUUAUGGCCGGAAUACAUGGUCUUGCAAAUAUUUCGCAACGUGGAGGGGCUCUCAACUCGUUCGACCUCAGCAACUACCGAACCGUUUGCGAUCUGGGCGGAGGCACCGGUGCAGUGGCGUACGCGCUAGCAGCUCGCUAUCCUAACAUGGAAAUCACAGUCUUCGACUUACCGGCCGUAGUGGCUUGCGCCGACAACUUUCCUCCAACCGUCGAUCCUAAAUCCACCAACGUCGUUUUCCAAGCGGGUAACUUCUUUAAGGACACGCUUCCAGAGUGCGAUCUUUUUCUUCUUUCCAACAUCAUUCACAACUGGUCGGAAGAACGCAUCAGCGAAAUCCUCACCCGAGUACACGAACGUCUGAUGCCUGGCGGCGCUAUCAUGAUCGUUGAAUCACUCUAUGACGACGACAAAAAAGGGCCACUCAACACCCAUAUCAACAACUUUAUGAUGAUGCUUGCAUUUGAAGGCGGUUGCCAACGAUCGGGUAAGGAAAUGAGAGAAAUCCUAGAGAAACACGGAUUCGUUGACGUUGAAAUUAAGAAAACCGGGGGUUUGGCUGAUUCCAUGUUCUCCGUCAGGGCCAGUCGUGGAAACAACAUUGUUAUUGAAUCAUAA